AAUCUUACGAUACAACCCCAUCAUCCAAAUAUACUCUCUCUCUUAAAAUCCCUCUCUCUUCUCUCUUUCUUUUUACUAACCAAAACUCCCUUGGAAUUUUCUGUCAAAUCUCUCUCUGCCAACCGUCUGGUCGGCAACGAAGCUUCAGGUCAUCAGGUGUGUGAGACUCUCUGCAUACACACAGUGUGUUGUCUCUCUCUCUCUCUCUCUCUCUCUCUCUCUCCUUAAAUUCCUCACAGACUCUUCACUCUCACUGCCCUCAACUCCAAAACUUGUGAUUUUCAACAACAAUCUCUUUCAUCUUUCUUUUCCACAAACGAUAUAACACAACCCAAAUUAAGAACCCAUUUGAUCGAUUCCUAUUUUGUGGAUCCAAUCGAAGUUUCUAAAUGAUGGGCAAUCGGUUUUCCGAUCAGUUUAGGCAGCCUCAGAUGUGAGAAAGAGGUCCAUUUCGCUGCUUCAUCUGAUUUUGAUUCCUCUUUUGGUUUCGGAAUCCACAAAGAGAUUCAACGUUUCGGGCAACCGAGCAUUCACGGAAAUUUAACAAGGAAAAGAGGAAAUUUUGCUUAGAUUGGGAUGAUUACUGUGAUGAACUCGAUACAUAAAUCGAUGAAUGAAUCGGAGGAGUGCUUGGAUUCUCAAUUAUGGCAUGCCUGCGCCGGCGGUAUGGUGCAAAUGCCGCCGGUGAACUCAAAAGUGUUUUAUUUCCCUCAAGGCCAUGCUGAGCAUGCUCAUGAGAAACUUGAUUCUGGGAAUUUUUCAAGAAUUCCCGCACUCGUUCUUUGUAGAGUAUCAGGAAUCAAAUUUUUGGCUGACACUGACACUGAUGAGGUUUAUGCCAAGAUAAGAUUGGUUCCUUUGAGGAACAAUGAUUCUGAUUUUGAUCAUGAUGAUGGGUUUCUGGGAAUUGAUAAAUCUGAGAACAAAGAGAAACCCUCAUCUUUUGCGAAGACUUUGACACAGUCUGAUGCUAAUAAUGGUGGGGGUUUCUCUGUUCCACGGUACUGUGCAGAGACGAUUUUCCCGCGGUUGGAUUAUUCAGCUGAACCUCCAGUUCAGACUAUCCUUGCAAAGGAUGUUCAUGGAGAGAUCUGGAAAUUUAGGCAUAUUUAUAGAGGGACUCCGCGUCGUCAUCUUCUGACGACAGGUUGGAGCAAUUUUGUGAAUCAGAAGAAGCUUGUUGCGGGGGAUUCGAUUGUUUUCUUGAGAGCAGAUAAUGGGGAUCUUUGUGUUGGAAUUCGUCGAGCAAAGAGGGGUAUUGGUGAUGGACCUGAGUCACCUUCUGGAUAG